AUGGCACUUGAAAUGCAGAAAAAAAUCAAGAAAUAUUGGGAAAGUCUUGAUAACCUGAAUUUUCUUGUUUAUUCUGCCACUGUAUUGGAUCCACGCUAUAAAUUGAGGUUUGUGAGGUUUUGUCUUAAUCAAGUUUAUGAGAAUAACACUACAUCGGCUAAUGUUAUGGAAGAGCAGGUGAAGAAAUUGUUGAUUCGCUUGUACGAGUAUUAUCAAAAUUGUUCUCCCUGUCAAAAUUCUCAAAGUGGGGCUGCUAUAUCACGUCAGGCUCCAAUUGAAGUGAUGGACAUGGCUGAUGAUGUCGAGUCACCUUUUAUACUUACGACCUACCUAGGACUGAGGAUCUUAAUUGGAUUGCCUUCCUUGUUUGUGCUUCUGAUCAUUAAAUUUCGAAAAAGGCAUUUGUCAUUGUUUAGUACAAUAGAAGCGUUCCUGCAAAGUAACACAAGUCUCACAACAAUUCGAUAUUCCUACUCAGACAUAAGAAAAAUGACAAGAGGUUUUCGUGAAAAACUAGGCGAAGGGGGUUAUGGUUCGGUUUACAAAGGGAAACUUCGAAGCGGCCAUGAUGUAGCCGUCAAACUACGCAACAAGACUAGAGCAAAUGGGCAAGAAUUCAUCAAUGAAGUUGCAACGAUUGGAAGGAUCCAUCAUGUAAAUGUGGUUAAACUUGUCGGAUAUUGUGCAGAAAGAUCCAAACGCGCCCUUGUCUAUGACUUCAUGCCUAACGGCUCCCUCGAGAAGUACUUAUUUAGCAAAGAGACAAGUAAUUGGCUUAGCUUGGCGAGGAAGUUUGAGAUUGCAGUUGGAGUUGCUCGUGGAAUUGAAUAUUUGCACAUAGGAUGUAACAUCCAAAUCCUACAUUUCGACAUAAAGCCUCACAACAUACUUCUAGAUGAUAAUUUCACACCCAAAAUCUCCGAUUUUGGACUCGCAAAGUCUUAUUCAACGGAGAAUACAGCGGUGACUCUCACUGCAGUUAGGGGAACAAUAGGGUAUGUGGCUCCUGAACUAAUGAAUAGAAGCAUUGGCCGUGUUUCUUACAAGGCCGAUGUUUAUAGCUUUGGAAUGUUAUUGAUGGAAAUGUUAGGGCUAAAUAGAGGUACGAGGCAUAAUGACAACAAAUCUAGCCAAUAUUUCCCAUAUUGGAUUUAUGAUCACUUGAAUGAAGGCAACGACAUCGAAAUUGGAAAUGCCGAUAAAAAUGACUAUGACGAUGAUGACGAUGACGACGACAAUGCAAGAAAAAUGAGAAGAAAGAUGACAAUAGUUGGAUUGUGGUGCAUACAAAUGAGCCCAACUGAUCGCCCGUCAAUGAGUGAAGUUUUAAAAAUGCUCCAAGGGGAAAUCGAAAAUUUGCAAAUUCCUCCUCAACCUUCCCAGUUACCUGAUAUUGAAUACUUCAAUGAUCAAAAUUGGGACACAGAGUCAACUGGUUCUAUGGCCUUGUUGAAUGACCAUCUCAACAAAAAGUUUAACCGAUUAGUGAAAUGUAUUAUUUAA